AUGUAAAUGGCCUCAGAGAAUUUUACCAGAGUGACUGAAUUCAUUCUUAUGGGAGUCUCAGACAAACCGGAGCUCCAGAUUCCCCUCUUCUUUGUUUUCCUGGUGAUCUACGGGCUGACUGUGACAGGGAACCUGGGCAUCAUCACCCUCACCAGUGUGGACUCUCGACUUCAAACCCCCAUGUACUUUUUCCUCCGACACUUGGCUAUCAUCAAUUUUGGAAAUGCAACUGUCAUUGCCCCUAAAAUGCUGGUUAAUUUCUUGGUUACCAAGAAAACCAUAUCUUACUAUGGAUGUGCAGCGCAGCUGGGAGGAUUCUUAGUUUUCAUUGUGGCUGAGAUUUUCAUGCUGUCUGCAAUGGCCUAUGAUCGCUACGUAGCCAUUUGCAAGCCCCUGCUCUACAUGGUGGUGGUCUCUCCACGAGUGUGCUUUCUGCUGGUCGCCCUCACUUACCUUCAUAGUCUGACAACAGCACUGACGGUCUCUUCCUGUGUGUUCUCUGUGUCAUACUGCUCCUCCAACCUCAUCAACCAUUUCUACUGUGAUAAUGUGCCUUUGUUAGCACUGGCCUGUUCUGACACCUAUAUUCCAGAAACAGCGGUGUUUACCUUUUCAGGAACUAAUUUGUUUUUCUCCAUGGUCAUCGUCCUAGUAUCCUACUUCAACAUUAUCCUUGCCAUCUUGAGGAUACGUUCCUCAGAGGGGCGACAAAAAGCCUUUUCCACAUGUGCUUCUCACAUGAUGGCUGUCACUGUGUUCUAUGGGACGCUUCUUUUCAUGUAUUUGCAACCAAGAACCAACCACUCAUUGGAUACUGACAAAAUGGCCUCGGUCUUCUACACUCUAGUGAUACCCAUGCUGAACCCCCUGAUUUACAGCCUGAGAAACAAAGACGUGAAAAAUGCUUUGAAGAGAUUCCUGGGUAACCCAUGCCAAUUGUUCAAAUGA